AUGACUCCGAAUUCUAGACCCUUGCUGAGAUCGAAUCUCUUUUAUCUGUGCGACAUGCGGAGUUCAACUGGACAAGGGCAGAGGGGCCGAGCCGGGCUCCGUUGGCAGUCGUGUGGCCGCUCUAAAGAGCGCAGACGUUUACUGGAAGGAGAAAUGGGGCGAAGAGAUGUGCGGGGAGAGGAUCUGAGGGAAACUGGGGUGUUUCGCAUUUCUUUUAGGUAUAUCUUUGGAAUUCCUCCCCUGAUCCUUGUUCUGUUGCCAGUCGCAUCAUCCGAUUGUGAGAUUGAAGGUAAAAAGGGCGAAGAAUACCAGCAUGUCAUCAUGGUCAACCUCAACAACUUGGACAGGAUAAUAGAAAAUGAUAGCAAUUGCCUGAAUAAUGAACAUAACUUUUUUAAAAAGCACUCAUGUGAUGAUGAUAAGGAAGCUCCGUUUUUAAAAGCUGCUGCUCGCAAGUUGAAGCAAUUUCUUAAAAUGAAUAUCACUGAGGAAUUCAAGCUCCCCUUAUCAAUAGUUUCACAGGGCACAUUAAAACUGUUGAACUGCACCAGGAAGGAUAAAGAAAAAAAACAACUUUCCCUGGGUGAAGCCCAGCCCACUAGGACUUUGGAAGAGAAAAAAUCUUCAAAGGAACAGAAAAAACAAGAUGAAAUGUGUUUCCUAAAGAUACUACUACAGAAGAUAAAAACUUGUUGGAAUAAAAUUUUGAGUGGCACUAAAGAACAUUGA